AUGGACCGGUUUCAGGACGGCGAGCACGUGCGGCUGCGGAGCCGCGUGCACGGCACGUACCUGCACGCCGACGAGGACGGCCAUGGCGUCUCACUCCCCAGGCGCGGCGCGUCGAUGAACGCGGUAUGGUCCGUGCACAUCUACCACCGCGACGGCCCGCAGCUGCUCCUCUACAGCGCCGCCUACGGCAGCUACCUCGCCGCCACGGACGCGCGGGCGCCGCCCGGCCACCGCGGCUUCCGCGCUGUGCAGUGCGACUACGACCGUCGGCACAUGGAGGCCAUCAAGUGGCAUGCCGUUUGGGCCGAGUCUGAGAACUACGUCGUGCUCCGCGACGUCGCCGGCCGCUGCCUCCGCGCCAACAAGAGGUACCUCAGCCGGAACAACGGCGUCAGCGUCGACGGCAUCGACGACAUCAACAACGUCAGCACGAUGAUGCACUUGCACUGGUUCGUGGAGCUGAUCCCCGCCAGGGAUGGCUUGCCUCCCCUUCCACGACCGAUUGGGCAUCCCUUCCCCGGAACCGGAAUAGUCACCGCCGUGUUGCCGUCGCGGAUGAUCGUGUACGUGCGGGAGGGCGCCGACGGGAGCCGCAUCACCCGUGGGUCGUUCAACUUCAGGGGGAGGUCCGUGUUCCGCCUGAGGAAGAAGCUGGUCCGCCGGCUGCGUGCCAUCAUGGACGUCUCCAAGCUCGUCGUGUGCGUCGAAGCGGGUGCUUUCGGGCGGCUUACCCCACUCGUCGUCGACCUGCCCCGCAGCCGCCACAACCUCCACAUCGUCGUCAUCGAGGCCGGGACGCCAGUCUGA